AUGAGUAAAAGCUCUUCAAGCCCCGAUUUGAAAUUGAGCCGAGAGGAGCGAUUUAAAUCGCUUCGCAAGCGCGCUAAUGAGUCAUUGAAAGCAAAUCGUAGUGAGGUAUACGAGGAACACAAACGAAGUAAAGUCGACGAAAAACUACAAGCACGCCUACAAAGGCAAAGAGAAGCUGCGGAAUUUGAGUUGGCAGAACUCGAGUCUAAAGAGACAGGAGAAGAUUUUGAACGAAAACGGGUUUGGGACUGGACAAUCGAAGAAUCAGAAAAAUGGGAUCAAAAGAAAAACAAAGUUGAGAAAUCUAUUGAGAGCUCUGUAUUUUCUGGUAAGUUUGCGAUUUCCAGGAUUGUUUUGGUGCAGAUUCUUGGUAGCUGA